AUGAGCGAUUUGUGUUAUUGGUUGGUUGGUUGGUUUGAAGUUGGAAUUGACUUUCAGAAAUUGUUGUGGAAAAUUCGUGAGGUGUGUAGUCGUGGUGGAGACGGCGUCAAGAAAACGGCUGUACGAAUGGAGAUAGCCGAACUGAUCGAUCAUCCAUACUUUGUCGGUGUUCAGUAUCAUCCCGAAUACCUAUCACANGAGAAUUUAGCAAACUUGUCCAAGCCAAUGCUUUACGAAACACACGAUAUGGUUGACAAGAUCGGUCAGCUUCCGAAGCCUGUUGUCGAAAAUGGAGAUGCUUUGAAGGAAAUGACUAAUGGUACAGAAAGUUUGGCAAAAUCUUGUUUUGAGAGGACAAUUACGAGUAAUUGA